CAGGGGCGGGGCUUACUCAAUUUCAGGAACAAAAACAGUGCCAGAUAGCCUGCAGCUACAAAGAUAGCGUUAUCAGAAGCUUGGAGUUGGUGUUCCUUGGAGUUUUAAGAAAGAUGGCGGAAAACAGAGAAAAGGCGACGGAUCAAAUGAAAAUAUGGAAAGAAAGUAGAAGAUCUCAGCGAGCCGACGUGUUGACCACGGGAGCAGGGAUCCCCAUAGGCGAUAAGCUGAAUGUUCAGACGGCUGGACCCCAAGGGCCACUGCUGGUGCAGGAUGUCGUGUUCACGGACGAGAUGGCCCACUUCGACCGCGAGCGCAUCCCCGAAAGGGUGGUGCAUGCCAAAGGAGCAGGUGCAUUUGGUUAUUUUGAGGUGACUCAUGACAUCACGCACUACUGCAAGGCCAAGGUGUUUGAGCAUGUGGGCAAGACAACUCCCAUCGCUGUGAGAUUCUCUACUGUGGCUGGUGAGUCCGGUUCAGCUGAUACAGUCCGUGACCCUCGAGGAUUUGCAGUGAAAUUCUACACCGACGAGGGCAACUGGGACCUGACAGGCAAUAACACACCCAUCUUCUUCAUCAGGGAUGCAUUUCUGUUUCCAUCCUUCAUCCACUCUCAGAAGCGGAAUCCUCAGACUCACCUGAAGGACCCUGACAUGGUGUGGGACUUUUGGAGCCUGCGUCCAGAGUCUCUGCAUCAGGUGUCGUUCCUCUUCAGCGAUCGUGGAUUGCCUGAUGGAUAUCGCCAUAUGAAUGGCUACGGUUCCCACACCUUCAAACUGAUCAACUCUGCGGGCCACCCUGUCUACUGCAAGUUCCACUACAAGACCGAUCAGGGCAUUAAGAAUCUGACUGUGGAGGAGGCAGACCGUUUAGCCUCCACUGAUCCUGACUACGCCAUCCGUGACUUGUACAACGCCAUUGCCGAUGGCAACUUUCCCUCCUGGACCUUCUACAUCCAGGUCAUGACCUUUGAGCAGUCGGAGAAGUACCCAUGGAACCCAUUUGAUCUGACCAAGGUUUGGUCCCAUAAGGACUACCCCCUGGUUCCAGUUGGACGCUUUGUGUUGAAUAAAAACCCUGUAAACUAUUUCGCUGAAGUGGAGCAACUGGCGUUUGACCCCAGUAACAUGCCACCAGGUAUUGAGCCAAGUCCUGACAAGAUGCUGCAGGGUCGUCUCUUCUCUUAUCCUGACACCCACCGCCAUCGGCUUGGAGCCAACUACCUCCAGCUGCCUGUUAAUUGCCCUUAUCGUGCCCGCGUGGCCAACUAUCAGAGAGAUGGACCCAUGUGUGUGACUGACAACCAGGGAGGAGUCCCAAACUACUACCCUAACAGCUUCAGUGCCCCAGAUUGUCAGCCACGCUUCAUGGAGUCCAAGUUUAGAGUCUCUCCUGACGUCGGACGCUACAACAGCUCGGACGAUGAUAACGUGACCCAGGUUCGCACUUUCUUCACCACCGUCCUGAACGAGGCUGAGCGCGAGCGUCUCUGCCAAAACAUGGCAGGACAUCUGAAAGGAGCUCAGCUCUUCAUUCAGAAGCGCAUGGUCCAGCAUCUGAUGGCGGUGCACCAGGAUUACGGCUCUCGUGUUCAGGCGCUGCUUAACAAGUAUAACGCAGAGGGCAAAAAGAUCAGCAGUAACUCCCUGCACGUGUAUAAGAAGGGAGGCUCAUCUGCCGUGGCCGCUUCUUCCAAGAUAUGACGUGUGGAAUUUCUGUAGCACGCACACACACACACACACACACACACACACACACACACACACACACACACACACACACACACACACACACACAUACAUACAUACAUGCCUGACAAGAGCAUUUGUUCUUUCACAUAUCGUUAAAAAUAUUAGCAGUGUAGCUGGAUAACAUUCUCCAUAAGAAGAUUGAAAAAACAAAACAAAAAAAGCACUAAUUCUGCAUUAAUCUUUUUGAUAGUUUUGAGAAGUCGGAUGUUGGGAAAUGCUCGGGAGAAAUGACUUGGAGACACGAGACAACUCGUAAACAUGUCUUCAGUGUCCAGGACAGCUUUGUGUUCGUGAUGAUCAGUAUUUUAUUUAGGCUCAGUACGCAUGACUCUAGUGUAAGUCACGUUCCUCUCGAUCCCUCCAAGUCGCUUUGGUUAAGUGAUAUUUCCUUAAAGACGAUAAACAGUUCGGUCAUUUUCCUCUCUUGCUCCUUUCUGCACGUCCUGGUUACAAGUUCAGUGAGGGGCGGGGGAGGGGGGAACUAAAAGCUAAAUUUUACCUCAAUUUAUUUCCGUUAUCGAUGUUUCCAGUCAAAGUGUUUUUUUGUUUUGUUUUUUUGUUUUGUUUUUUUAAAUUAUUUUUAUUCUGUUCUCUGUUCAUCAAGGGUAUGGAACGACACUUUUCCAAUCUACCUGCAUUCAUUUAUGUUCUAUAAAAUACAUCAGCACUACCUGUGAGCUUGACUUGGCUAGAUUAUUAUUGGCUCACAUGUUAAAAUGUUUCUCAGAAUUGCAGUGGUUGCACUGUGUUGUUUAUCUGCUUGCCAUAGCAGCACAGCCUAAUAACCGUCCACUAAUGAUAGCAUGAUAUUUUCAUCAUCAUAUUGCCUAGAUAAUGUUAAUCAUUUACCACAAUUUUUACCAUCUAAGAAAUGCUUCUUUUUUUCUUUCUUUUUUUUUUCUUUUUUAGCAUUUUGAUAUGUGGAUAAAGAAUUAAACGAUUUAGAGUUUAAAAAUUAGAUUUAAGAUCAGAAAGAUGCGCCUGUGCCUUACUGAAGUCCAACAUUUCCUGAAAUCUAACCUUUUAAUUGGGUGUGUUUUUAAGGACUGUUGUCCCGCAUUUCGUCCCUUUUUUGAACCCUGUGGAAGUUAUGCUCUCUGUGUGUUCUCUAACUAAUUCAAUAAAAUCAUGAUUUUGUUUUA